UAUGCUUAUACAGGCACAAGUUUACACGUUGCAUAUACAAAUACACACACACACACACACAAUUAUAUAUAUAUAACAAAAAGGAGGAUGUGUUGCAUUUCUUGACUCUUCAAACAGGCAAAUCUGUGAAGUUCCGCCAGCCAGAGUAUAUGAACAGAAGUGACAAUUUUGAAGAGAGGCUUAAAAAUAACAGUUUCAACCAGGUUGAGAUUGAGAAAUAUGAACUAAGAUAUAAUUGAGGAAUAUCAACUAACAUGGCUGAAAUCGAAGAAUAUCAACUGAAAUCGGACAAAGAAAUAAAUUCAAGUGCGAAUAUUAAACAGCUUUUAGAGAAAUGUACUUAUGGACCUUAUCAACGCAGGGUAUACAUCUGUGUAUUCAUCACACAGAUUUUAUCAGUUGUUUUGGGAAUGAAUUUGACAUUUAUCACUUCAAACGUCCCUUUCUUGUGCUACCCUCCAAAUUACAAUAUUUCAGCAAUUCCUGCAAAUUUUACGGAGAAUGAAUAUCUACAAAUGUUUCAUCCCGAAGACGAUCACUGUUCUGUGUAUAACAACACCUUCACUGAAAUAUAUUAUAAAGUGUCCUCUAACAAUUUAUCUAAAGUACAAUGUUCUUAUGGACGGAAAUUUCUGACAGAGAAGUUUUCCUCAAUUAUAAGUGAGUUUGACUUAGUGUGCGAGAAGAAAUGGCUGAGGUCCACUUUACAGUCAGUUUAUUUUGUCGGUUAUCUAUUUGGAUCAAUUGUAUUUGGAGUUAUAUCUGAUAGAUUUGGUCGGAAGCGGAGUUUUUUCUUGGCAAACCUAUUCUUAGUUGUAUGUGGACUCGGGAAAAUCUUCGUGCCAUCAUUGACCAUACUUAUGAUUCUCCUUUGCUUUCAAGGUUAUGGUUAUAUUGGCCAAUUAAUUAGCAUUUAUACAUUGUCUUUGGAACUCGCCACUUCAGGUGUACGUACGCCUUUUAAUUUUUGCUUUAUGUGUACUUAUUCAUUUGGCGCGAUGCUCGUACCAGGCUUAGCUUAUGCUAUAACUGACUGGCACUAUUUGGAUCUGACUUCAGGUCUUCUAUCCAUCUUCGUGUUUUUCUUUUGGACAUCUAUCCCUGAAUCUCCAAGGUGGCUCAUUGGCAGGAAACGUUUUGCAGAAGCUCAAGCACAGCUUCUGGAAAUUAUGAAGACAAACAAAAUCCAAAACCAGGAGGUGUUCAAUAUUUUUACGAAUGACAAAAAUUCUUCAUCUCUAAUCAACGUUCAAGAAGAAGGCAAAAGUGACAAAAGAGUUCCGCCUACGAAAAAGAAUUACAGCUUUAUCGAUCUAUUUAAAACGUUCCAAGUUGCGACCAUCACAAUUAAUAUCUGCUGCAGUUGGUGCGUGAUCAGUAUGCUUUACUACGGAGUGACCCUUAAUUCUGUUGAUAUGGCCGGAAAUCGUUAUGUAAACUUUGUAUUAAUGAUGGUCGUGGAGAUUCCAAGUUACUUUUUGUCUCAUUGUUUGUUUACCCGUUUUGAUCAUCGAAAGCCCAUAGUUUUCUUUAUGAUUUUCAGUGGGUUGAAUUGCAUCGUCUCAAAUUUUGCAACCGAAGGUUCAUUCUGGUUUCCUCUGAUAUUGGUUGUUCUGGGAAAGUUGGGAAUCUCCGCAGCUUAUGGUUCGAUUUAUCUCUUAUCAGCAGAAAUAUUUCCGACUGUUGUACGAGUAAACGGCAUAGGUAUAGCUUCAGUGUCUUCCCGCAUCGGCGGUAUAGCUGCACCGUUCAUUCUUCAGCUUUCAUCCUAUGUAAAAUGGCUUCCUCUAAGUAUCUACGGCGUCCUUUCGGUAGCAGCGGGAUUAUUGCUGUUGUUAUUGCCAGAAACAAAGGAUAGAGACUUACCCCAAACAUUUGAAGAUCUGAAGAAUUGGAAAACACAAAAAUGUAUUAAUAAAAAACCCAGCAACGAUGGAAAGAAAUUGGAGGAACUUUCCUUUUAAAUACAUUCUAGAACCUCACUUUUAAAAUGUUUCAACUGAUA